AUGGAGUACCAACAGCAAAGUCACGAACAUCACCCUGUGCAGCAAUUCUGCCUGCCCGCCUCGAAACCCACUUCAGCCCAGAUAGAGCCACAUUCCUCGGGUCUGCUCCCCCCCAAUUCCACUGUUUCUCAUACCGGUAGGGCCCAAGGCCCAAAAGGCCCCUUCCAGGUUGCUUCCAGGUUCUUGAACCCUCAACUCGAUACCCUGGGCCACUCCCGGUGGCUCAGGCUCUGGUCCCUGACCCGUGGCCAGGAUGCCAAAUGCACCGGCGAUGCAGAGUUGCAGUCCCGCCGCCUUCCUUGCCUCGCCAGGCUUACCUCACUCGUCACUUUUACAACUCUGGCCUCGCCCCUCAUCAACAAUCAACAGCCUUCCCCACAAGUCAACAAUACGCUUUUGGCCAAGUCUCGUGAUAAUACCCAGCGGACGGCAACCCCUGGGAGACUCCUUGAGUCUCUGCUCACUUUCUCACAAUGUGAACUACCAAGACAGACUCUUGUCAUCGACUUUAACACGCAGCUCGGCUCGUCUCAGGACGUCAGCGCUUACCUACCGAGCGGAUCUUACUUGGUCUUGUUAUGCAUCGAUACUACUACGCACCUCCCUCAACAAGAGACGGUACGACUUUGCGGCGUGUCCUGA